GUUAAAUCUACCCACCCCAGACAAAUCCCAAAUUAUUCCGUUAUCCAUAAAGUGCGCGCGGCGUGCCCUUCCUCCGCCCAAAAUCGUAAAACUUCUCGUGACGAAAAUACCCCUAUUCAAAAGAAUAUGUUACCCGUACCACCCCACCAAUUAUUAUACGUCGAGGCCUAAAAUCGUGAUUUCAUCGUCGCAGUUCUUUCGUUAUUCCCUCACAUUCCUCAGUAGUGGUCUGUAGCUCUAUCGGAGGGUGGCAACGAUUCCCAAUCUUCCCUGAUUUGAUUUCCCCUUUUUCUUUUUUCAAUUUAAUUAAACAAUUUAAAUCUCUCUCUCUCUUUUUUGUUUUUGUUUUUUCUGAUCAAUUUAUUGGAAUUUUAGCAAUUUUGGUUUCUACGGAGUUAAUUUGCUAGUGCUGUCGCUCUUUUAAGCUUUCGAUCUCGACCUUUGGAUUCAAUGGCGGCGGGAACAAUGGCGACCGCCGCCGGAGCCGCCGUGAUUCUUUACUACGUGCUCAAUCGGAGGGUGGCAACGAACGAGGGCGGAGUGGAAGACGGGGAUGAUGACGGCGAUCUGAGUGGAAAUCUCUCGAGGAUGAGAUCGGCGAGGAAACGGCUUUCUCGGCGACCGGCUCAAGCGCCCGCCACGUGGGUCGAGUCGCUUACCACCUUGUCCGAUACGCUCCGGUUCACCUACUCCGAAACUCUCGGGAAGUGGCCGAUCGGCGACUUGGCCUUCGGUAUUAACUACCUCAUGCGGCGGCAGGGUAACUUACAAGUUGCGAGUGUGUAUGCUGGUAGUGGUAGUGUGCAGCUCAAAGGGUCUGAAAUCGUUGAGGAGUUAAAUUAUUACUUGAAGUUGCUGACGCUUUGUAUGCUCUUUUCGAAGAAACCGUUUCCGGUGUUUUUAGAGUCCGGGGGUUUUUCUCAGGAAGAUGUUCUUCUCCAGAAGCCCAAGGCCGGGCUUCUGAAGCCUGCCUUCACAAUUAUACGUGAUAAGAAUUCAAAAUGCUUCCUUCUAUUAAUACGUGGUACACAUAGCAUCAAAGAUACACUAACUGCCGCAACUGGUGCAGUGGCCCCUUUCCACCAUUCGGUAUUGCAUGAUGGUGGAAUAAGCAACUUAAUCCUAGGGUAUGCUCACUGUGGGAUGGUUGCUGCAGCCCGUUGGAUUGCUAAGAUUAGUACUCCUUGCUUGCUUAAGGCUGUUGGUGAAUAUCCUGAUUACAAAGUGAAGGUUAUUGGGCAUUCACUGGGUGGUGGUACAGCUGCGUUGUUAACAUAUAUUCUUCGAGAACAAAAAGAGUUCUCUUCAAGCACUUGCAUUACAUUUGCUCCAGCUGCGUGUAUAACAUGGGAGUUGGCAGAAUCUGGCAAGCACUUCAUCACUACUAUAAUCAAUGGCUCCGACCUGGUUCCUACUUUCUCAGCAGCUUCUGUUGAUGACCUCCGCUCUGAGGUCACAGCUUCCUCAUGGUUAAAUGAUUUGCGGGAUCAAGUUGAGCGUACAAGAGUUUUGAAUGUUGUUUAUCGCUCUGCAACUGCUCUGGGUUCUCGUCUACCUUCUAUUGCCAGUGCAAAAGCGAGGGUUGCUGGUGCAGGUGCGCUAUUGCGACCAGUAUCCAGCAGCACACAGGUUGUGAUGAAGCGUGCACAGAAUGUUGUUGUGAGAACGCAUUCAUCCAUAUCAUCAUGGUCUUGCAUGGGUGCACGUCGCCGUAAUGUGGGCCAAUUACCUAACUCUAAAGCAGACGAUUUGCAAGAAUCUUCUAUUAUAUGUGAAAAGGAUUCUGAAUCUCACGAUGGAGUAAUCAUAGACCCAAUGCUGAAUAACUCGGACUCUAGUUCUAGUGGUGGAUCAGGCCAUGAUGAUACCGAUGAAGAGGAGCAGCUUUUGCCAGUGGAUGGAAAUACUGCUACAUCUUCUGUUGAAGACAUUACUGAAGGCGAGUUGUGGUAUGAACUGGAGAAGGAGCUUAAGAGGCAGGAGCAUGACGUCAAUGUCGAGGCCCGAGAGGAAGAAGCUGCCGCAGUGAAAGAAAUAACCGAGGAAGAAGAUAUGCUAGUUGAUGUUGCAGAAAGCAACACGCCGAUCUCUUCCUCGGAUGUUUCAGAGAACCAUCGUUUCUACCCCCCUGGCAGAAUCAUGCACAUUAUAUCAGUCCCUUCAUCCUAUCCUACUAAUUUAGAUGACAACGGGCCAACGGCUGAAGAGCGAGUGGGUAUAUACGAGACACGUAGAGAACUGUACAGUAAGCUCCGACUUUCUAGAACGAUGAUUAAUGAUCACUACAUGCCUAUGUAUAAGAAAAUGAUGGAAUUGUUGAUCAGGGAACUGGAAAAUGACGAAUCCAGUAAUUGUAUAAUGUGAAAAGAUUAAAUCAAUACAAGAUCAUUUAUGUUGCA